UAUAUUUGUUUUUUGUUCUCUCAGACGGUCGAUGUAUCCCUGCGUGACCUAAGGAGCUCCUCCGUAGCUGUUCACUACUACUAGUGCCGCAACGCAACACAUAAACGGAAUCCGAUGGGAGUACCGUCGUUCUACAGAUGGUUAAUUGAGAGGUAUCCACUGAUUUUGCAAGAUGCCAUCGAAGAAGAAGCUCUCGACGUCAAGGUUCCGGUCGACACUAGCAAACCUAAUCCUAACGGCGGCGGCGUCGAGUAUGAAAAUCUGUACCUCGACAUGAACGGAAUCAUUCAUCCUUGUUUCCAUCCUGAAGACAGGGCUUCUCCAACAACGUUUUCGGAGGUGUUUCAAUGCAUGUUCGAUUACAUUGACAGACUUUUCCUCAUGGUUCGACCUCGCAAGCUAUUGUUUUUGGCUAUUGAUGGUGUUGCUCCAAGGGCUAAGAUGAAUCAACAAAGAUCCAGAAGGUUUCGAGCUGCAAAAGAUGCAGCAGAGGCCGCUGCUGAAGAAGAGCGACUGCGUCAAGAGUUUGAGAGUGAAGGCAAGAGGUUGCCUCCUAAACUGGACUCUCAAGUUUUUGACUCUAACGUUAUCACUCCUGGAACCGAGUUCAUGUCUACUCUUUCCUUUGCCUUGCAAUACUACAUUCACGUUAGACUUAACUCUGACCCUGGCUGGAAAAAUAUUAAGGUUAUCCUCUCAGAUGCUAAUGUUCCUGGUGAGGGGGAACACAAGAUCAUGUCUUACAUUCGUCUUCAAAAGAACCAUCCUGGUUACAACCCCAACGCUUGUCAUUGUCUGUAUGGUUUGGACGCCGACUUGAUUAUGCUGGCUUUGGCCACACACGAAGUUCAUAUUUCAAUCCUUCGUGAGGUUGUUUUCACUCCUGGACAACAAGACAAAUGCUUCUUGUGCGGUCAGCUCGGGCACCGAGCAGCAGAUUGUGAGGGCAAGACAGGAGAUUUGUCUGAUAAAGCUGAGUCAGAUGUUGUGGCUAAGAAGCCAUACCAGUUCGUCAAUAUCUGGACGCUUCGAGAGUAUUUGGAGCACGACAUGCAGAUACCUAACUCGCAAUUGCAAAAAAAUUUGGACCGCAUAAUUGAUGACUUCAUCUUCAUCUGUUUUUUUGUUGGCAAUGAUUUCCUGCCACAUAUGCCUACACUGGAGAUACGGGAGGGUGCUAUAGAAUUACUUAUGUCCGUGUACAAGAAGGAAUUUGGAUCAAGUACAAGUUACUUAAGCAAUGGAAGCAAGCUGAAUUUAAAGAAUGUGGAGCAUUUUAUCCAGGCCGUUGGACUCUAUGAAAAUAAUAUAUUUCAAAGAAGAGCACAAAACCAUCAGAGGCAAUCGGAAAGGUUUAGUCGUGACCGAGCUAAAUCGAGCAGAAAUUGUAACUAUGACCCGGUUGUGCAACUAGAUUCUCUAGUUGAAGUGUCCGAUUCAUUGCGUCCGUCUCUUGACGAUAACACUAGUGUGGAAACAGAGUAUAACAUCCAAGAAGAAGUAGAUAACAGAGAAGAAUUGAAGUUUAAGCUUAAGAAACUUUUGCGGGAAAAAUCAGAUGGGUUCAUUUCAGGGAAAGGCGAAGAAGAUAAGGUGAGGCUAGGUGUACAAGGAUGGAGGGAGAGAUACUACGAGGAGAAGUUCAUAGCUAAGACUAUAGAGGAAAUGGAACAAAUACGCAGAGAUGUUGUUUUGAAGUAUACAGAAGGUCUUUGUUGGAUAAUGCAUUACUAUUAUCAUGGUGUUUGUUCAUGGAAUUGGUUUUAUCCUUAUCAUUAUGCACCUUUCGCAUCUGAUCUCAAGUUCCUUGAUAAGCUAGAUAUUAAGUUCGAACUAGGUUCCCCAUUUAAACCAUUCAAUCAGCUUCUGGCAGUUCUUCCAUCUGCAAGUGCACAUGCUCUCCCAGAAUGUUUUAGGAAACUGAUGACAGAUCCAAGUUCACCUAUAGCUGAGUUUUAUCCUCCCGGUAUGUGUUUUUUUUCUGCAGAAUUAGUCUUGUUCAUUGUGGUAUUGUCCAAUCCAUGUCUCUCAUUUUCCUUUUUUUUUCGGUGUGCAGAUUUUGAGAUUGACAUGAAUGGAAAGCGCUAUUCUUGGCAGGGUAUAGCAAAACUGCCUUUUAUAGAAGAACAGCGUCUUCUGGAUGCAGCCGCAAAAGUAGAGCACUCACUGACGAACGAAGAAGUUCGAAGAAACAGUGUGUUGUCUGACAUGCUCUUUGUGGUUUCAUCUCAUCCGCUUGCUGAGCUCAUCCGUUCUCUUAGUAGCCGUACUAUUAAAUUGAGCAACAAAGAACGAGCAGCAGUUACGGAAAAAAUUGACCCUGGACUAAGUGAAGGGAUGAAUGGUUACUUGGCUUUAUGUGGUGGAGAUAGUCAGCCUUCAUGCUUCAGCUCCCCCAUCGAGGGGAUGGAAGAUGUAUUAGCCAAUCAAGUGAUUUGUGCCAUAUACAAACUUCCAGAUGAUCUUAGAGGAAGCGACAUUGCUCGUCCACCUCCAGGAGUGGUGUUGCCUAAAAAGACUGUACAACUAGCGGAUUUGAAAGGUGGAGCUAAUCUAUGGCAUGAAGAUGGUGAUCGAAGACGAGCUCCUGCAAAGAUUAUAAAAAUCAAGAGGUACAACCCAAAAGGAUCCAUUUCGGGGGAUAGGCUUAGGAAGGCAGCGCACAGACUUGUGUUACAGACGAUAAGUUCCCAACCGGAUAAUACGCACAUCAACUCCGAACCAGCAUUGUGUCCGAAUACUAUAUUCCACAACAAUCAGGUGUCGAGAAAUGUCCCAUCACCCCGAGGGAGUGCGGUGCAGAGGAAACACCCUCAGAGUGAAUUAGCGUUGAAGAAAAACAGAAUCCAUCAAAGUGAAGUCACCGAGGAGGAGAAGACAGCAAUCAGAAAGCGUAAGGAAAAGGAGAAAAGAGGGAGAUAUAAGGCUAACAGAAGGGAGAGAGCGAAGAAUGAGCAGCAAGCAAACAAAGGAGAAAGCAAUCUGGAUAACAAAAGGCCUCGAAGUGAAGUCAAUGAGGAGAACAGACUGGAACACAAAAGGCCUAGAUUCACUGAGGGGAAGGAACAGAACACAUGCGCUCAAAGCGAACUCACUGAGGAGAAGAAUGCCAAACGAAAGCGUAUGGAGAAGGAGAAAAAAAGAGAAAUUUAGCUCGUACAAGAAACAGAUCCAAAAUAUGAGCAAGUAAACGAAGGACUGUAGAACCAAACAGUUUUGAUACUCAAUUAAUGUUGUAGCGGUCGUUCCAUGCAUCUUUAGUUUCACAAGCUACCUUCCAUCCAUUGUACUUGUUGGUUUGUUUGUUGUGCUUUCAGUUCGUGUUAGUGUCAAACUAGUUUGUUGAGAUAAUCUGGAAUCUUAUAAUGGUAACUAGAUAAAGUUCACGGCGA